GGAUGGAAAAACUCUAUGUUUCUUUGGUUUUUUUGAUUGUUUGUUUGAUGAUUUGAAAAUCGUAUAUAAAAAAAAUAAUGGUUCGCAUUCGAAAGCCAAGCGUAAUCAUAUGUGAUGUUGAAGGUACAACAACAUCGGUACGUUUUUGGCAUGAAGUAAUUGCACCAUUUAUACGUGAAAAUUUAGCAUCAUGUUUACAUGAUACAUGGCAUCAACCGGAAACUAUUGAUGUUGUUUCUGGUAUUCGUUUUAAAACUGCUGAAGAUAUACGUAAUGGUGAUACUGAAAUUCCACCGAUUCUUGAUGAAAAUUCACCACGAAAAGAUAUGAUCGAUAGUAUUGUAAAAAAUGUUUGCUAUCAAAUGCAACAACGUAAACAAUCGAAUGAAUUAAAAGCCGUACAUCUGCUGGUUUGGUUAUAUGGUUAUCAAAAUGAAUUGUUAAAAGGACAUGUUUAUCCGGAUGUACAACCAGCAUUUCAACAAUGGAAACAUAAUCAAGGUAUACGUGUAUUUACAUUUGCAACCGGUGAUACUAUUGUACAGAAAAUGUUAUUCGGUUGUUCAUUAAUGGGUAAUUUAAUUCCGUUAAUUGAAGAUUUUUUCAAUUAUGAUUCAGUGGGUAAAAAAACCGAUCCAGAAAGUUAUCGUAUCAUUUCGAAACGUAUACAAAUUCAAUGUAAUUCAAUGGCAUUUUUAUCGGAUAAUUUAGCCGAAUUAAAAGCAUGUCAAACGGCUGGUGUACAACCAAUUCUGGUUAUUCGUUCACAUAAUCGUGAUCUAUUAGAUCCUUCCAUACAACAAGCAUUACCAUAUAAAUAUAUACGAUCAUUUGAAGAAUUAGAAUUCUAUUAAGAAUUCCAGAAUAAAAAUCGUUUUUAUUUUCA